AUCAUUUUGAAAGAGACACAGAGAAAGUUCAAGCAGAGAAUCCAGCAAAGAAAGAAAGAUCUUGAGGAGCUGAGAGAGGCUGUGGAGUCUCAUAAGUGCUCUGCAGAGAGAGCAGUUCAGGACAGUGAGAGGAUCUUCAUAGAGCUCAUCCGUUCUAUUGAGAGAAUCCGCUCUGAGAUGAUGCAGAUGAUCAGAGAACGGGAAAGGGCUGCAGUGAGUCGAGCUGAAGGACUCAUGUAUCGACUGGAGCAGGAGAUUGAUGAUCUGAAAAGGAGACACGCUGAACUGGAGCAGAUUUUACACACAAAUGAUCACAUCUAUUUUCUCAAGAGUUUCCAGUCUCUCGCUGUAUCUCCUGAAUCUGGAGAUGAACCCAACAUCACGGUCAGCUCUCUCCUCUCUUUUGAUGAUGUGGGAAAGUCCCUCUAUCAACUGAAAGAAAAACUGGAGGAUUUCUGUCGAGAGGAGAUAGAAAAGAUAUCUGGCAGAGUAACAUAUGUUGAAAUUAUUCCCACCAAUGAACCCAAGAUCAGAGAGGAGUUCCUACAAUAUUACAGUAAGUUCACUCUGGAUCCAAACGCAGUGAAUGAACACCUCCGUCUGUCCGUCUGGAAUGGAGUGUUUAAUGUCCCUAACGUAGUCCAGCAGUAUCCUGAUCAUCCAGACAGAUUUGAUAAUUAUCCUCAGGUGUUAUGUAGAGAGAGUGUGUGCGGACGCUGCUACUGGGAGCUCGAGUGGAGUGGUGAUGAUGGUGUGGAUAUAUCAGUGUCAUAUAAGAGCGUCAGCAGGAAGGGAGGCAGAAACGAGUGUGUUUUUGGAUGUAAUGAUCAGUCAUGGAGUUUGGACUGCUCUGCCUUACUUUACUCAUUCUGGCACAAUAACAGCUACACUGAUCUUCCUGUACCAUCCGGUCGCUGCAGAAUAGGAGUGUAUGUGGAUCACAGUGCAGGAACUCUGUCCUUCUACAGCGUCUCUGACACAAUGAGCCUCAUCCACAGAGUCCAGACCACAUUCACUCAGCCGCUCUAUCCUGGGUUCGCGGUUCACGGUGGAUCAACAGUGAAACUCUGUGAUCUAACGACAUAG